AUGAGCAGACAAAGCUGUGGUGACGAUUACUUCACCCAAAAGCAAGAGUACCAGAAGUACGCGAACAGCAUGGGAAUAUCGGAAGUUCAGAAAGAUGACUCACCUAGAACCACACCCGAACUGUCUCGAGCAGACCAGUCUCCUUCGGACAGACCCAUCCCAGGAUCAGCUGAUAGCGAUGAUGCAGACGAAUUUCCUCCAAAACGAAAACAAAGGCGAUAUAGAACAACAUUUACCAGCUUCCAACUGGAGGAACUGGAGAAGGCCUUCUCGAGGACUCACUAUCCUGAUGUAUUUACACGAGAGGAGCUUGCGAUGAAGAUCGGUCUAACAGAAGCGAGAAUUCAGGUCUGGUUUCAAAACCGCCGAGCCAAAUGGCGUAAGCAGGAAAAGGUUGGCCCUCAAGCACAUCCUUAUAACCCUUACCUUGGAGCUGCGGGAGGAGCACCACCACCAUCUGUGGUCGCAUCUAUGCCUAACCCAUUCUCUCAAUUGGGUUUUGGGUUUAGGAAACCUUUUGAUGCCAACGCGUUAGCGUCUUUUAGAUACACAGGAGGCCCAGUCCUAGGAGCCCAAUACCUUGGAUCAGCUCUACCGCGACCACCGCUCUUUAGUGCCCCACUUUACACAUCAAGCCCUCCUUUCCACACACUCCUAGCUGGUCUGGCUGCUCCUCCACGGCAAUCUCCUGACCCACAACCUGUGUCGCCGCCAAUAUCUCCUGGGAGUGAGUCUCCUCCUACACAAACUUCUGCUCCAGAAAUUGAAAGAAGAAGUUCCAGUAUUGCUGCCCUUAGAAUGGCGGCAAGAGAACACGAAUUAAGACUAGAGAUACUAAGACAACGGCAUCACCCUGACCUAAUAAGUUGA